AAAACAGGCGCGUGCGCCGCUUCAUUUUGAUUGCAUUUAUGUGAAACUAUAAUUACUCUUUGUAAACUACAUAGACUAAGUUGUAUAUGACAUGAGGGGCGGGUCUUCAGGAGGGGGGCGUGUCUCUAUGUCUGUUCCGCAGAGCUCCAUCACAGUGAACGCAGGAUGGAGCCGCUCGUCGGCCGCAGUGCUCCGGCAGGCCCGGUGCUGCAGGUGUGCUUCCCCAGCGUCCGAGCCUCGGUCCUGGAGAAUCUGAACCGGCAGCGCGAGGAGGGUCAGCUGUGUGACCUGUCCAUCCAGGUGCAGGGUCAGGUGUUCCGCGCGCACCGGUGUGUGCUGGCCGCAUCCUCUCCGUAUUUCCACGACCAGGUUCUGCUGAAGAACGUCACCACGGUGUCUCUUCCCUCCGUCAUGGACCCUCUGGCCUUCGAGAGCGUGUUAAACUCGGCCUACACGGGUCAGCUCAGCAUCGUGCGCGAUGACAUCAUAAACUACGUCACGGUGGCCAGCUUCCUGCAGAUGUGGCACAUCGUGGACAAGUGCACGGACAUCCUGAAGAGGUCACGACCUCUGGUUCAGCUCAGCCCCGGCGGGGCAGCGUCCUCCAGUCACCAGUCGCCCAGCAGCUCUGACUGCUGCUUCGCCGAUCCGGAGGACGGGGAGCGAGCGGUGGGCGAACAAACUCUGGAAAAACGGCCACAAAGUGCGCUUCCGCCGCUGGCCACAUGGAGGCGUCCGACUCAGAGCAGGUGGAGCAGAAGCAGCCUGACGUUCCCCGUCCGAACCGAGCCCGAAUGCAGCCCGAAUACGGGAGACGAAGGUUUCCACACAUUCCCCAUCUCAACUUUGCCGUCCAUCGAAACUUCGGACUUCGCGAGGCACCGAAUCCGCGCUCGCCUCCGAGGAGCGAAGGAAGACGAGGAGCAGCGACGGAUGGAAGCAGAUGAAGGAGUCGGAGAGCCGCUGGAUGAAGACAAAGUGAGGGUGAAGUGUGAGGAACACCAGGCCGGAGCCGUCGAGUCGGACGGACGUCUCAGAGAGAGCGAGACGGACGGACUGUGGAACCAGUGGACUUUGUCAGACGCCAAGCUGCUGGACGAAGACGAGGAGAACGAAACAGACGGCGCGUUCGAGACCUACAACGAAAUCGAGAAGGCCACGGGGCAGAUCUCCCAGCGUCCUUUGCCACCGCCGACGUCCGACCAGUUGGCGCCGGGCCCGUCCGAGCUCUCCUGGGUCUCGCAGUCGUCCUCGUCCUCCCCGUGCUCUCCUCUCUCUGCGACUCCCAAAGUCCACUUCUGUCACUGCGGCAAAGCGUACACGCUGAAGAGCAUGCGCGACCGCCACGUGAAAAUGCAGCACCUGAACCUGCGUCCGUUCGCCUGCCCCGUCUGCUCCAAGAGCUUCAAGAUGAAGCACCACCUGACCAAACACAUCAAGACUCACGGAGGCCUGCGUCCGUACGAGUGCGCGCUCUGCGGCAAGAAGAUCGUCUGGAGAGACAGUUUCCUCAAGCAUCAGGCUCGCUGCCAGGGAACGACGACGUCCGGCUGUCAAAAUGAGGACGCAGGUGCACCUGGACAAGUGAAGGUGGAACAGGAGGAUUAUUCAUUACAGGACGAGGAAAUACACUCUUAAAAUUAAAAUGUUUUUGCAUUGAAUGCCAAUGUCAUGACAUUCCUUUCAGUCAACGUUUCUUUUUUUUUUUAGCGCAAAGAACCAGUUUCUUUAUAGAACCACCAAUGCCAAUAAAGAAUCUUUCUCUUUAAGAGAUAACAAAC